AUUUACACAAACACCCCUUGCUCGCCGCCUAUUUGUAUUUUCCGCGCUUCUCUCCUUCGCUCUUUUCUUUUUUCUCCAAACCAUCGUCGGCUGCGGCACUCCUGAAGGGAGGAAGCCCCAAGCCCUUGCCGCCGCAGCUGCCGCAGCCAGCAACGAACCGUACAUAGGCAGGGACGAAGCGAUGGAGGGAGCCAAUGGAGUCGGUGGGUCGGAGUCCGAGCGGAAGCCGCUGUCAGAGGUGGUCGGCGACUGCGUCCAGCGCUGGUUCCAGGACGCGUACAAGGAGGCGCGCAAAGGAGACAUCGCCAACCAGGUGCUUGUAGCGCAGAUGUUCUUCUCGGGUUAUGGGACCCCCAAGAACGAGUACAAGGGAAAACAAUGGAUGGAUAGAGCAUCAAGGUUCAGGUCUUCCGCUUUGAAGGUUGGCAUGAAACGUCCAGGAUACAAUGCAAGUGACUCAGACUCUGAUGACGAUGCAAAUGAUGACGCCAACCAAUAACACUCAAUUACAAAUUGAGUUAUUAGUUAGGAGAUUCACAGGGAGGGACCCAAUUACAUACCCACACUAUAUUCAAGACAUGCGCAUCAAGUUGACGAGUAUAAGGUUUCCAGCGCCUUCUAAGUCACUCUUGGAGCCAUGAGGUAUUCGUUAGCACGUCCGCGGUCUUCGAUCGGGUCCUCGUUGUGUGGCCUUCGAAAUCCUUGAUGGACAAGACAACCAUAAACUCAAUCAACUAUAUUGACGGAUCUAACUCCCAUGGGGGUGAAGUCUUCACGGUAGACCUCAUGACCUUCGGUGAACCCUGCAUUCAUAGGAAUGAAGCCUAACAAUCGAUCAGACAGUGUUGAUCGGACCAGUGAUCAAGGUCUUGCUGAACCUUAUCUCCAACAAUGUCCCUCUAGGACGAGGCUCAACUUGAUGUCUGAUCAUAGAAUUGUGGCAUUUUGAUCUAGAGUAGGGAUCGAUAUAUUAUGUUUCACCAAAACAAGAGUCAUCAUGCAUGAAUCUUACGGAAGACCAAAAACUUUGUUCCCGUCA